CUUGUCGCAGAGUCAUUGACAUUCCUGUAAGGAUUUAAUAGCUUGUAGACCAGGGAGGCAACACUCAAAUAUCAGACAGGGAGGCAGCACCAGUGAAGACGAUCGCAGGAGUACGGAGCUGGGGAAAUUGUGUUGAAUUCAUUGAGGAAUUGAAGGAUCCAAGAUGAUUAAAAGAUCAACGGUGACGGAUGGGACGGCCAGCGGCCAAGUGGGGAUCAAGAAAAAAUCUAAGGUCCCCGGGGUGAUGAUUACACAGUUUAUCGAGACGCUGCCAGAGGGAACGAGCCAUCCAGACUUCACCCGCAAGCCGAUUGCUUUGACCAUCCAGGAGGGCAAAUUUGCUUUUUUCAAAGCCAUUGUCACUGGAGAACCAAAGCCGACAGUAACAUGGAGCAGGAAUAACGGAGAUGUGUCUGACAAAUCGAGAUAUCAGACCAAAUACGAUCCAAACUCAAAUGAGCAUAAGUUUGAGAUGCCAAAUGUUAUGCCGGAUCAAGCAGACACCUAUAAAUGCUUUGCUAUAAAUGAAUAUGGACAAGCCGUGGUCACAGUUGUUUUGAAUGUUAUUGAAGUCGGUUACAAGAAGAACAAAGUCCAGCAACCGGUAGCUGAAGCUACCGAUGGGAAUUUUAAGACUGUUUUGAAAAGGAAAAGCAAGGUCCGCCCCAAAUCUGAGCAGCCUGAAAAAAAAGAUGGAGAGAUUGAUCCUAAGUUUUGGGAGCUUUUACUCAGUGCUGAAAAGAAAGACUACGAGAAAAUCUGCGCAGAGUUUGGAGUAACCGACUUCCGCUGGAUGCUCAAGAAGCUGAAUGAAAUGAAGAAAGAAAGAGAGGAAGAACAAGCAGAGUUUGUCAGGAACCUGUCAAGCUUGAGACCAAUGCGGGUCAAUGGAGAUGGUACUGCCUCCUUUGAACUGGACAUGGACCUCAUUGACCCGAGCAGCUCCAUAUUCCUGUACAAGGAUGGUGAAAUGGUUCCUUACACAAAAGAGUUGGGAGAUAAGAUGAAGCACAAUCUUAAGCAAGUUGGAAAAAAGUAUAUUUUCAGUAUGAAGGACCUUUUGCCAGAAGAUGCUGGACUGUACCAGUUGGAUGUUGAGGGCGUGAAUAUGUUUUCCACAGAAUUUAAAGUUCCCAUGGUGGAUUUCUUGGUGAAGAUUCAGGAAGUGAAGGCAAAGGAGAGAGAAGAUGCUGUGUUUGAGUGUGUCCUGUCAAACCCUUUUUCAAAGAUUCUGUGGUUUGGCAAGAAUUUGCCUCUGGAACAAGGAGAUAAAUACGAUAUUGAGGUCUCAGAAGACAAGCUCAUUCACAGGCUGGUGGUCAAAGACUGCAUGGUCAUAGACAAAGGAAUUUAUUCUGCCUGUGCAGGGAUCAAAUCUUGCAAUGCAUGGCUGGUUGUAGAAGCUGACAAAGAUGUGCCAAAGGGCAAAAAAUCAGCAAGGAAAGCAACAAGGGCAGGGGGAUCUGGGAUGGAUUUGGAGAAAAUUGCCCAAGAGCAACAAACAAAAUUAGAGGAAAAAAAAGAACAGAUUAAAGCUGCUAAAGAAGCUGCAGCACCUCCACCUGAACCCCCUCCAGCUCCUGCACCCACGAAGGUUGAACCCGAGGUCCCGAAACCAAAAGCGAAGCCAGCACCAGUGAAACCACCAGUUCCGGAGGUCGUAACAAGAAAGUUGCCUGAGGAACCAAAAAGGCCUGAACCACCACCUGCAGUUGUUGAAGACCCUGUGAUCACUGGUGGACUCUCUGAUAUUUAUGCUCUUCGUGGAAAACCAGCUGAAUUGACCGUGACGAUGAACAUAGACUGUGAAGGCACCUGGUAUAAAGACGGAGAGCAGUUAAACUCAGGUAAUGGGAUCACCAUAGCCAAAGACGGAACUUCCCACAAGCUGUUAAUUGGAAACUGCAGUGAAUACGACACUGGAGUGUAUCGAUUUGUAACAGGGGACCAGAGCACACAAGGAAAAAUCAUUGUUGGAGGUGUACCCGAAUUUGACCCCGACGACCUUCACAAGUUCUCCAAACCUGUGGUAGUAAGAGUGGGCCAGAACGCCGCUUUCAAGAUGCCCUUUCCUCCUCAGGAGUCUUUGGUGGUUAGCUGGUUUAAGGAUGGAACCGAGAUCAAAGAUGGAGGAGGAGUUAAGAUUGUGAGGGAGCCCAACCACAGCCGGCUGCUGCUCAAAGACUGCCUGCGGACUGACGCAGGGGAAAUAAAGAUCCAACUUAAAAACCCAUUUGGGUCUGUAGAGGCCACAUCUCGCCUUAUUGUGCUUGAUCGACCCGGUCCACCGGAGGGUCCAGUGGAGACUGUUGAAACCACCUCAUCUAUUAUUGAGAUUAAAUGGAAUCCUCCCAAAGACGAUGGUGGCUCUGCUGUAACCAACUACAUUAUAGAGCGGCAGCAGGCGGGACAGAGUCUGUGGACGAAACUUGGGGAUGUCUCAGCUGACAAGACCUCAUUCAGAGACAGGAACGUGACUCAUGGAAAGAAAUACAACUACCGCAUCCACGCUGAAAACCCAGAGGGCAUCAGCGACGCCCUGGAGACAGCUGAUAGCAUCAUGGCUGGAAUAAUGAUACUUGCUGGUCCACCCGGUGCCCCCACUAUAGUGAGUGCCUCAAAAACCUGUAUUAACUUGACGUGGACCCCUCCGGAGGACGACAAAGGCAUACCGAUCAUUGGUUACCUGGUGGAGAAACGAAAGAAGGACACACAUCAAUGGAUCGCCCUAAAUGCACUGAAUGAACCUAUUGAAGAUGUGAGCUAUGCAGUUAAAGAUGUCACCGAGGGAGCAGAGUACGAGUUCAGGGUCUCAGCGAUCAACGAGUCUGGAGCUGGAGAUCCGAGCCCCCCAUCUGCAAUGGUGUGUGCAAAGAAUCCCAACAUGAGACCUUGUUUUAAGAACCCAGAGGACUUCAUUGUUGUCAGAGCGGGAAAUUCUGCUCGUGUAAAAAUUUGUUUUGAGGCUGAACCGCCACCUCAGAUCACAUGGCUGAAGGAUGAUGAGCCCAUAUCCCCGUGGAUUAAUAUCAUCAAUACAGAUGGAAUGUCUCAGCUUGUUAUCCCCUCAUCAAAGCGCUCAGAUUCAGCCAUCUACACCAUUAUAGCCAAAAACUCUGUGGGGGAGGCUUCAUUUGACGUUGAAGUUAGAGUCACAGAUGAGCCAAAGACUCCAGGCCCAGUGGAGUUAGAGCAAACAGUCCAUGGCAAAGUGGUGGUAUCAUGGGCUCCCUCUCCAGACGAGGAGCUGGAUGACCGCCUGUACUAUGUGGUUUCUCAGCACGACUCCAACGCCAGAGUCUGGAAAACUGUGGCAGACCGCCUUUUCGCAAACACCUACACGGCCAACAACAUCCUCCCUGGGAUAGAGUAUCAUUUCCGAGUCUACGCCAAGAAUGAUAUGGGUCUCUCAGAUCCAUCUCAGUCACCUACGUGGGGCGCCAACAGCAACAGAGUUCCAAUCGUUUCAAAUGGAAUUAGUAAAACAGAGAUCUGCUUUGAGAGGCCUCCGUCCAUCUUGGUCCCUUUGAAAGUCCACACACCACCUAAGGGCUACCAGCUCUACAUGACAUGUGCAGUCCGAGGAUGCCCUACGCCCACUGUAUCCUGGUUCCUGAAUGACGUCUGCAUCAACUCAGACAACAACUACUACAUCACCAACUCAUUUGGUGUGUGCUCCAUGUACAUUCUCAGCGUCCGACAAAAGGACAGCGGUGAAUACAAGGUGGUUGCAGUAAACCCUCUUGGCAGGGCAGAGUGUUCCACUAAACUUGUUGUUAAAGAGUAAAAUGACAAGAAGCCUUCUUGGAGCAUUUCCUCUUAUUGAAGUGUUCUGGAAGAUAAGGAAGUGGAUUGUUUGGUUUUCUUCAUAGACUGCAAAGCAGAAUCACACACUUUGAUUGCAAAGUGCUGGUAAAGCCAUCUAAAAUGGUCUGAAUAUUAAUUUAUUUAUUUAUUGUAUUUACAGUUGUGAUUAGAAAUAAUUACAAUUCAACUUGAGUGAAGUGACAAACUACUGUACAAAGACGUCUGUUAAAUUCUCAAGCUGCGGCAACAAUUGCAAUAAAUCACCAAACUGA